AUGUUAUCGACUUUUGAGACAUCAGAAAGUUCACUUGAUUCAAAUACAAAAAGUUAUGAUAAGCCGGAUACCACAUCAUCAAAUGAUAAUUUGCUUCAUCAUUCUGAAAUUUCUUCCGUAGGCGUUACUGCGAUUCCUUUAAUAAUGACAAAACAAAGAUUGGGUGAUAAUAUAUUUGCAAUGCCGCCUCGUAAUAAUAAUGUGACAAAAAAUUCUGGAUUUUCCACCGCAGGUAGUCGCAAUAUUAUUGCGGUUUCGGAAGAUUCCUUGAUAAAAGCAAGAAAAUCUUUGGAUGGUAAUACAAAUGCGAUGUUUACAUGUAAUGAUAAUGAAUCAAAAAGCUUUGGAUUUUCUACUGCAAAUGGCCGCAGCCUUCCUUCUAUAUCCGAAACGUCAUUAAAUAAGGCACGAAAAUCAUUAGAUGACAUUACAUUUGCGAAAUCAAUUCACAGAGAUAAUGAUGUAUUGAAGGAUUCUAGUUUUUCUACCGCAAAUGGACAUAGUAUCACCAAUAUAUCUGAUGUAUCAUUGCAAAGAGCGCGAAAAGUAUUGGAUGGUGAUUUAAGACAAAGUUCCAUUUUACAAGAAAAAUUUCAGAGUAAUAUAAUCGAUCCUUGUGAUUCCGAACUUACUUUUAAUGCCGUUGGUAAAAGUCUGAAAAUAUAUUUAGACAAAAAUCAGUCUUCUAACUCGAAGUCUAGAUUAAAAGAAACUCCUUUGAUACAUUCACGGCUUGGAUCAAGAAAUAAGAAUGCAAAAAUAUCUUCGAAAAAUAUUGUACAUCCUUUGCAUCCAAAUAAGCGAAGAAGAUUACAUCCAAACGUUUCUCAGGAAUCUCACAACUCUCAAUCUAAAAUAUCUGAAUCUAAUUCUAUUACAAAGUUAUUUAAUCUAACAUCUCUUUUAAAAAGAGUUAGGCUCAAGGACGUUGUUUCUAAUUAUCCCCUUGAUUUUUCUAUGUCAUAUUUACAAAAACUCGGAAUUCCCGUAGAAGUCAUCAAUAUAACUUCAAAAAACGCCAUUUUUUAUCGAUUUACGUGGCCUGAAGGACAAUCACAAGAAAACACGAAAUGUUUAUCUUUUUGGGGUCCUGAUGAAGCUUUAUCAUGCCUGAUUGAAUCCGGUGCAAAUCCUGACUUCAUCAACGAAAAUUGGGUUUGUAAUCAUUUUCGAUGGAUCGUUUGGAAAAUUGCAAGUAUGGUUCGAUCUUUCCCACAUGAAUUUCGCAGUUGGUGGAAUCCUAAAAAAGUACUUGAUCAGUUACGAUAUAGAUAUGAGAGGGAAAUUAAUAACGCACAUCGAUCUGCACUUAAAAUGAUUAUUGAGGGAGACGCGGCUGCAAGUAUGUCAAUGAUUCUUUGCGUGUCUGAUAUAAUAGAGGAAGAUACUUCCCUUGUAAUUCCAGAAAAUAAUGUUAGAGAAGAUAUUUGCAAAAUUACUUAUAGCCUCGAAUUAACUGAUAUGUGGUAUAAGAUUCGAGCUGAUAUUGAUUUACCACUUCAACGAGCGAUCUCUAAAUCUAAAUUACGAAUUGGAUGCAAGGUGGAAAUUUGCGGGGCCAAAAUUGUAGGUGGCCCUGUAGGUAUACCAGCUCUCGAAGUUCCUAAUUCCAUUCGGUUGAAACUUUCCGCGAAUUCUACAAAACUUGCGCACUGGGAUGCAAAAUUGGGAUUUAAACGAGUCUGUCCUUAUGCCACUUUGCGUAGUCUUUGUCCCGAUGGUGGAUAUAUUUUUGCCAUAGAUAUUUUAAUAGAUAUGUCUAAAAUUACCUCUGGAGAACAACUUUAUGAGAUAAUGCAAGACUGUCUUGAACCUUCCAAAUUCUGGCAGGACUUGUCUUCGGAACAGAGCGAAUGGCUUCAAAAUUAUAUACAAAAAAAGGAACAAGAAAAAGCAAGUCAUAUGAAUGAUUGGGUUUAUUAUAAAUUAGAGAAAUCAAAUUAUACUCGUAAAGUUGUUCCAUUUUUCAAAGUUCGUGUCUGUGAUUAUCAUCUUAAUACUUUGACAAAUAAUAAAUGUGAGGGUAUUAUCAAUGUUUGGCAGCCAGAUGAAUUAUUGUUCAAUACAAUAAGAGAAGGGCGAAGAUAUAAGGUUUAUUCUUUAACAACGGCUAGUAAUCAAAGUUACCAGAUUACCUCUUUAUCGCCUAUACGUUUAUCCUCAACGAAAGGUUCAACCAUCUGGAAAGAAGAAAACGUGGAAACAAAUAGUAAUGCAUUAUCUUCUUAUUCAUCGAGAACUAUAACCCUAUUAGAUGAACUUCAAAGGCAGGAAUUGAACAUUGAAGUGGAUGUAGUAGUUUAUAUUCUAAUUGUUGGAGAACCCUCUAUCGGACAAAGGUUUGGGAAAGCAGUAAAAAUCCAAACUUUGUUAGUCACCGACAACAGUGGACGUUUAGCACAAAUUGAAAUAAAAAAUAUUUCUACUUAUUUGGAAGUUAUAUUAAAGCCAAAGAACGUUCUAAUUUUAUUAAACUUGCAAUAUCGCGCAUAUGAUCCGAAAUACGGAAUAUAUAUUCUUUCAACAUGUGAUAAUACUGAAAUCAAAAUGUCAUCGCGUGAAGAAUACAUCAAACAUGCCAAAGGAAAUCUGGAACAAUGGAUAAAAAAUAAUUCUAACCUUGUUAAUAAAUGUGAGGAAAAAGCCAUAGAGCUUUGCAGACCAAAUUACUCAUCUUCUAAUUAA